UUUCGAUCUCAAAAACACUGCUGCAUCUUGUCAAUCCCAGUCGGCAACAUUAUAGCAGUGGAGUCGUGCAGUCAUGGCCGUAUCAGCAUCAGCCCCCGUCGCCCGUGAGGCUAUCCAAGCCGCUAUCCUAUCAGCACUCGAAAAGGACAGAGGAAUCGCAAACACAGAAGGCUUCAAGGUCAAGGGUACGCCGGUUGACCAGGCCGAAAUUAUCGGUCUCUUGAAGAGUUUAGAGUCUCGCGAGAUCGUCACAUACGAAGCAAUUGAAGACGAGUGGCUAGAGCUGACGGAAGAAGGAGCAGAUAUUGCUGACCAUGGAAGUUACGAGGCUCGUGUCUUCCACGCUGUGCCGAGCGGGAAUGAGCCGAUUUCGGUCCCUGAUCUCAAGGAAAAGCUUGGGCAAAUAGCACAGUUCGGUCAAGGCCGCGCGAUCAAAAACAAGUGGAUUAAGAAGGAGGGUGCCGGGUUCGUCAAAGCCGUGGAGAAGAUCGACGAUGAAAGCCAGAAAUUGCUGCAGAGGAUCCGGUCGGAGAGGAAACACAGUGACGAAAAGGUUGUGAAGGAGCUCAAGAAACAGAAGCACGUUACGCCUAUCAAGUCGUUGAGCUACAGUGUGAAGAAGGGUGUUAAGUUCACGACAGAUGUGCGGAAGGAGGAUACGGAUGUUACGGAGGAGAUGUUGAAAUCUGGGGACUGGAAGAACGCCACCUUCAAAAAAUACAAUUUCAACGCCGAAGGCGUCCAACCACGCUGCGGCUCCCUGCACCCCCUCCUGAAAGUCCGCGAAGAAUACCGCCAAAUCUUCCUCGAACUCGGCUUCAGCGAGAUGCCGACCGCCAAAUACGUCGAAUCCUCCUUCUGGAACUUCGACGCCCUCUUCCAACCCCAACAACACCCCGCCCGCGACGCCCACGACACCUUCUUCCUCUCCGACCCCGCCACAUCCGACCGCUUUCCCAAGGACUACCUGGAGCGCGUAAAGAAGGUCCACUCGGAAGGCGGAUAUGGGUCGAUUGGGUAUGGGUACGACUGGCAGCAGAAGGAGGCGGAGAAGCUGCUGCUCCGGACGCACACGACUGCGAUCAGUUCGAAGAUGCUGUAUGACCUUGCGCAGGAAUAUAAGCGCACGGGUGUGUGGAGGGACGUGAAGUGGUUCAGUAUCGACAAAGUUUUCAGGAAUGAGACCCUGGACGCGACGCAUUUGGCGGAGUUUCACCAGGUUGAGGGUGUGGUUGCUGGCAAGGGUUUGACGUUGGGAGACCUCAUUGGCACGCUUCACAACUUCUUCAAGAAGCUCGGCAUCGAAAAAAUGCGCUUCAAACCCGCGUACAACCCCUACACCGAGCCCAGCAUGGAAAUUUUUGCCUGGCACGACGGGCUAGCGCGGUGGGUCGAAAUCGGCAACUCGGGCAUGUUCCGCCCCGAAAUGCUCCUCCCCAUGGGUCUUCCCGAGGACGUGUCGGUGAUUGCGUGGGGCCUGUCGACCGAGCGGCCGACGAUGAUCAAGACCGGGGUGGAUAAUAUCAGGAAGUUGGCGGGGCAUAAGUGUGAUUUGGCGUUCUUGAAUCGGGAUCCGAUUGCGAGGUUGGACAAGUGAGCCCGACUUCCGCCCUCUCACGCGCACACGCAAUCCGGGACGAACACCACGUAACACAAUCCCCCAACCCGCUGCAAAACCACGUACCACUCCGAAGCACAACCAUUUCAUUCCUCCUUCCCCUCAUUCCUCAGAUUGACGUCUUACCCGCGGGCUGUACAUUUAUCAUCUCCUUUCUUCGCAUAUCAAAUACAAUGCGGUACAUCGCAAGAAGUAGUGUCGAGGAAACACCGAAAUGAUUGAUUAAUCUGCAUCUGCCGUGAAUACCCAUCAGAAAGCGAGA